CUCAGUCCCUGCCCGUGGGCGCUUGCGUUCCACCAGAGCCUCUCGUUCUCUCACCUUCAAACCCCAUCCAUCUCUUACCCCCUCGGCCCCGCUCCCGCUCCCGCGUCCACGGCCAUGGCCAUGGCGUCUCUCUACCACUCCUCCCUCCCAUUCUCCCCGCCGUCCUCCAGCUGCCAUGGCGUUCUCUCCUUGCCCCCUCGAACCGCAGCUUCCUUCGCCUGCCUGUGCAGAGUGCCGCCGCAAGACGACCACGACGCGGAGCUCCUCGGCGCGCUCCAGUCCAACGGCAACGGCAUCCUCCUCAGAGACCAACAUCCCACCGCAUCACCGCAAGCUCUCGACUCGAUCCCCGGGGAACUCGGUGACGGCAGGAGGAGGAGCUCCCAGUUCCGGGCGCGUGACUACGCGAGGCGGAUCAUGAGCCUCCCCAUGGCGGAGCGGGUGAAGGUGCUCGACCUCCUGCAGCGCGACGACGCGGCGCUCACCGUCUCCGACUACAACGACAUCAUCUCCGCGCUCGCCAGGGGCGGCGACUACGACUCCGCCGUCGCGCUCUUCAGGUCGCUGCAGGAGCCCAACGGCUCCGUCGCGCCCGACGCCCACUCCUUCGCCAUCGCCGUGCAGUGCUUCUGCAGGAAGGGCGCGCCCGACGAGGCCAAGGAGACGCUCGACGAGAUGCUGGCGCGCGGGCACCUCCCCAGCGUGGCCGCCUUCUCCGCCGUCGUCGGCUGCCUCUGCAAGCGCGGCCGCGUCACCAGGGCCAUGGAGGUGUUCGACGCCAUGCGCGCCGUCGGGAGCGAGCCCACCAUCCGCACCUACAACAGCCUCAUCGGCGGGCUCUGCUACGUCGGCCGCCUCGAGGAGGCGCGGGACCUCCUGAACAAGCUCAAGGACUCGCCCAAGCAGACGGCGGACAUCUACACCUUCACCAUCGUGCUCGACGGCUUCUGCAAGGUCGGCCGGACGGAGGACGCCAUGGCCAUCUUCGAGGACGCCAUCCGGGUGGGCCUCUCGCCCACGAUCUUCACCUUCAACGCGCUGCUCAACGGCCACUGCAAGGAGGGGAACCUGCUCAAGGCGUACGACCUGCUCAUGGAGAUGUGCGACAGCGAGACCUGUCCGCCCGACAAGAUCAGCUACACCAUCGUGCUGCCGGCCCUGCUGCGGGCCGGCGAGAUCUCCGCGGCGUGGAAGACCUUCAAGCGCAUGGAGCACGCCGGGUUCGAGGCGGACGGCCGCGCGCUGGACACGCUCGCGCGGGGCCUGUGCCGCCAGUGCGCCGCGGACAUCUCCGUCCUCAAGGACGCCAAGGAGGUGUUCGGCAAGGUGGUGUCGGCCGGCCACGAGCCGGUGUCGUACACCUACUGCCUUAUGGCGCAGGCCCUGGCGCGCGGCGGCGAGGUGGACGCGGCCGUCGCCGUCCUGGACGACAUGGUGCGCAAGGGGUACGCGCUGCGGAAGCGCGCCUACACGGACGUGGUGCGCGCGCUCUGCGACCGGAGCAGGACGCGCGACGCCGUGCGGGUGCUGGCUACGGUGAUCGCCAAGGACUUCGUGCCUGGCCGGAACGCCUUCGACGCGCUGCUCGGCGAGCUCAGCAGGCAGGAGAGGUGGCCCGACGCCAUGGCCGUGUACGCCGCCGCUGUCAAGCGCGGCGUCGUGGUCUCGCUGAAGCGUAACGUCAAGGAGGCGCUGGUCGUGGAUCACGAGGAGGAAGCGGCGUGGGAAUCGCCGGCGCAGUUGGGCGUUCCGCAGUGAUCACCAUGACAUUUUCGGGUGUGACAGAGAGUUCGGCUUUGCAUUCGAUUUCUGUUGCCGAAGAUCAGUGGCAUUGACUUUGACGUGCACACAUGACAUGCCUCGUGAUUCUAAAUGGCGGGCAGCACCAGCAAUUUCAGCACGCGGUCGAUUUCGGAUAUGUUGUUUUGAGAGGAAGACACUAGAACGAGAACGCAGCGAUUCUACCGGCUCCGGUAGGUAAAAUAGUGAUGACGUCACGCUGAUAUCACCCAUGUAUUGAUUUAGUUUUCAAAAAUUUGUAAAAUAUAUCUAAAAUUUGUGAAACA